AUGUCUGGUUUAUCAAAAGGAAUAUUUAUUGUUGGAGCAAAAAGGACUCCUUUUGGUACAUUUGGAGGAAGUUUAAAAAAUUUUACAGCAACUGAUUUACAAGUUAUUGCUAAUAAAGCUGCCAUUAAAAAUGCUGCUAUUAAACCAGAAGAAAUUGAUCAUGUAGUAGUAGGUAAUGUAGUUCAGACAUCUAAAGAUGCAAUAUAUCUUGCAAGACAUUCAGCACUUAAAGUUGGUAUACCAGUUGCAGUACCUGCUGUAACUGUUAAUAGACUUUGUGGAUCUGGUUUUCAAUCAGUUAUUGAUGGAUGCCUUCAAAUUAUUGCUGGUGAUUCAAAUGUUGUUCUUGCUGGUGGUACAGAAUCAAUGUCUCAAGCACCAUUUGUUGUUCGUGGUACACGUUUUGGUACAACACUUGGUAAACCAAAUGAAUUUGAAGAUGCACUUUGGUCUGGUUUAACUGAUACAUAUAUUAAUAAACCAAUGGCACUUACAGCAGAAAAACUUGGUGAAAUGUAUAAAAUAACAAGGAAUGAAGUAGAUGAAUAUGCAAAUAAAUCGCAACUUAGAUGGUCAUUAGCUAAUAAUUCUGGUAUUUUUAAAGAUGAAAUUACACCAAUGACAAUUAAAGGAAAAAAAGGUGAUGUAAAUUUUGAGGUAGAUGAACAUCCAAGAAUUACAACAAUUGAAAAAUUGUUAUCACUUCAACCAGUUUUUCAAAAAAAUGGACUUGUAACAGCAGGAAAUGCAUCUGGAAUUUGUGAUGGUGCUGCUGCAUGUGUUAUUGCAUCAGAUGAUGCUGUUAAUAGAUUAAAAUUAGAACCAUUAGUUAGAAUUUCAGGAUGGUUUGUUAGUGGAUGUGAUCCAAGUAUUAUGGGAAUUGGUCCAGUACCAGCAAUAAAUGGUCUUAUUAAAAAAACAGGAGUAACUUUAGAUAAAGUUGAUUUAAUUGAAAUUAAUGAAGCAUUUGCUCCACAAGUUUUAGCAUGUCAAAAAGAAUUAAAAAUUGACGGUGAUAAAUUUAAUAUUAAUGGUGGUGCUAUUUCUAUUGGUCAUCCAUUAGGUGCUUCUGGAACAAGAAUUUUAACACAUCUUGCACAUCAAAUGAAGCGCAAAAAUGUUAAAUAUGGUAUUGGAUCAGCAUGUAUUGGUGGAGGGCAAGGAAUUGCUGUUCUUCUUGAAAGAGUUUAA